AUGGAGGGGUCCAGCGACGUUGUGGACACCACCUUUGCGGUUGGCAAGUUUGAUUCCCGAAAGGUUUGGAAGAUUGUGUAUCCCUACCUGUUGAACAGUGACAUCAAUUUCGAGGGUCAGUACGGACGCCUCAGAUUGGUCCGCGUGGGCCUCCCGAAGAUCAACGCCUGUUUGCUCACAGAGCAAAAUUGCGUGACCCCGGCGUCGCUGCGUGCCUGGCUCGGAAGCCGUCCGGUCACUGUGUGCGAUUUGGGCACUAUUUCUGCUCUGCCGCCGGAAAGGGAGGCGCAGGCGGUGACAUUUGGCUGUGAGCACGGGCUGAGUGCAGCAGUUUUCGAGGAGGUGGAUCUGUCAAGCAGCGUGACAGUGGACGCAGCCGCCUGCUCCCUCGUAGCGAAUGGGUACACGCGUCAACCGGCGGAGGUCUUCAGAAGCGGAAAAACCGGGAAGGUCGUUUGGCGGACCCCAUCUGCCAAGCCCUUGCUAGUUGGUUCCAGCGCAGUGCUUGUAGCCUACACAGGGAAACUCGAUGUGGAGUACCUGGCAAGCGUAUACAACUGCAGUCUGGAGAACGCGGCCAUCAUUCUGAGCGUGUUGUCCACCAAGUAUUCCGCGAACGCCCGCAGCGUCUCGCCAAUCUCGAUCAAGGCCUACGACGAGGACAUGCUGCGCUUGGAGGGCAGCAUCGUCAGAGGCAUGUCGGGCGGGUUUGUUGCAGAUCCCGCGGACCCCAGCAAGGUCCAUGCUUAUCAGAUCAAGAGCCGCAAGCUGGCCGCGCUGAACAAUGACCAGGAGGUGACGGCAUCGUCGCUUAUGAAGCGCUCUUUCGAGGGCGAUAUGGCUUAG